AUGAAAAUUCUGUGUCUAUGUCUCUCAUCUUAACCCUGAAGAGGUCGUUAGCAACGAGUAACAUGUUUUUUGCUUCUCUACUCAGCUGCGAACAGAACUUCAAUUUUCUUUCCCUUUGUUCACUGAAUGUUGGACUUAAAGUGAGCCCCAACAAUCCAAAAUGUCAAGAAGAGAAGAGUAAAAGCACGCAUAAACUCUAAUAUAACCCAACUCACUAAUUUGUAGCCCAAUCUUUGAGGAGGACAGACAAGAGAUAGGAUACGGGUGCAGUGAGAGCUCAGAAGUCCAGGACUACUCAAAGCAGAACGUCGAAACUUAAAACGACCUUAGAAAGACACCAAUACAAUCCUGUGCUCCAUAGGCUAUAGCAAGCUUCAGCUAAUUAGGAGGGGAUAUAGGGUUCCGGGAAACAUGUUGAAACAAAUAAUUGGCAGGACAUGCAGAACCAGUGCUUAUGCUUUUGAAGGAAACAGAGUUUUGCCUUUGAUAUAUGUGCCUUCAUGCUUGUUCCACAAUGGACGGGCAGAUAUGGCACCUAGAAGCUUUUUUGGGGUAGAGGAUUUCCUUGAUGAUGACAAUAGCCGACCUUACACAUACCAAAAAGGGAAGAAGUCAAAGAAUCCAAACAAGCACAUAUCUUUCAAACAAAGAACGAUUGCGUACAUGGAGCCGUUUACACUUGAUGUGUUUAUCUCAAAACGCUUUGUAUCAGCUUCACUUACUCACAGGGUGACAAGCAAACAGGUUGCAGUUGCUGGUACCAACUCCAAGGACAUAAAAGCUGUUCUUAGGUCUCGGUCAGACAUACCAGCAUGCAUAUCCGUCGGUAAGAUUUUAUCUGAAAGAGCAAGAGAAGCUGAUGUUUACACUGCUUCCUACACUCCAAGGGAAAGGGACAAGUUUGAAGGGAAAAUCAGAGCUGUAGUUCAAUCACUCAUUGAUAAUGGGAUUGAUAUCAAGGUUUACCUUGAUUGAGUUCAGUAACUCAAGAUUUUGUGGCUAUCAGUUUGAUAUCAAUUGGUGAUCACUGGUUUGGUUUUGUGGCUAUCAGUUUGAGAUGUCAAUUGGUGAUUACUGGUUUGCUUUUGUGGCUAGUUAGUUACUGCUUUUAUGGAUAGGAAGGUGGACAAGCACUGUUUAUGGUAAUGAAUUUCACAUGCAUUAAGGAAAUUUAUGAAUUUAUAAUAUAAA